AUGUCGCCAUACUGGUAUGCUCUGCGCCUUAUCCAGGCCUUUGAGGAUAGAAUCGUGGAAUCUAUUCUCCGCUUGCCAGGCUUCCACCGGGCUGUCGGCCGCAUCCAUCGUGCCAUCAACGAGAAACAGUACGGCCGGAACCCACACGAGCCACUAGCACCAGGAGAAGCUACAGCGGAUCCUAACCCGGGAGGUCGAGCCGACGGAUUUCUUAAGCAUUUUCUCGGCGAACUGAAAAACCAGGCUCGCGGAAGACCAACCGAUAUAUCUAAUAAGCCUCCCACAAAGUGA